AAAGGAAUCUCCACGUGUCGUGUCACCGUAUAAAAACCGACGAAUUUUUCGUCUGGACCACACUUCGACUCCAUUCCCUAACCAAACUACAUCAUGUACAACUUCGUAACUCCUUUGCUCGUCGCCUCGUUGAUCGCCAUCAGCGCGACCGAGCCUGCAAAGAAGCUGGCGAAGCGUGGUCUUAUCGGAGGCAACAAUGACUUCGACGCACUAGGAGUAGACUCUUCUGCAAAGUAUCUUCCACCUGUAUCCAGUGUAACGUCCGUUAAAAGACCCUACGUGGUUUCUUCCGUUCCAAGCUCGUCCUACAGCGUCCCCUCUUACUCUGAGCAAAGUUAUGGAGUUCCUGCUCCUGCGCUAGUUCCAUCUUACUCAGCUCCCGCCCCUGUUCCAGCACCAGUUGCCUUUUCUGUCCCCGCUCCAGCACCUGUUUCCGUUCCAGUCGCUGCUCCUGCGCCAGUUGCUCUUCCUGUUCCUCCUCCUGCGCCACUUGCUGUCCCUGUUCCUUCUCCUGCUCCUGUCCCCGUCUCUUUUCCAACGUAUUCCGCUCCAGUCGCUGCCCCAGUCCCAUCGUACUCUGCUCCUAUCUCCGUUCCAGCGCCAACUUACGGUGUACCAGUCUCUGCACCUCUCCCGGCUUUCAGCGCCUCUGCUCCUGUCUCGGUACCAAGUUCGAGCUACGGAUUCCCCAGUCUCUCGUCAGUCCACAGCGCAUCGAUUCAAACCGCCUCGGUACCUCUGUCCACGGGACCCGUCAGUGUACCUAGCACGUCUUACGGCGUGCCAAGCACGGUCGUCCAAUCCGUACCCUCCGUCGGUGUCUCAUUCAACUCGGCCAGUUACCCGAGUCAAACGUCGAGCCACCACGUUCCUGCAGGUAGACUCUCAUUGAGCUCUCUCAGCGUGCCCGUCAGAUCAAACGGAGUGUCGAGCUACAGCAGUGGAUUCGCAAGUGGAUCGGUUUCGUCGUCGCUAUCGGCCGCCUCCGCCAAUGAUGGAUACUCGUAUCCUGUGCCUUCGAAGCGACUGUUCGUUUAAAUUUGCCCAGUUACACCGACGACAAGUUGUGUAAUACUGUACGAACGAUGAAUUAUUCCUAAAGCGGAAACAGUGUUGUAAAACGAAGUAAAAUUACUAAGCAAACUGUGAAGAAAUAAAAAUAUUUACA